UUAUAAGGGUCACUGACAGCGGAGUGUCGAGAUUGAGACAGCAAAAACUUGUUUCUGCAGCCGUUUUUUUCUCUCAUCAUCUCACCCCGUCUAUCUCUAGUCUCUGCAUCAGAGCUGAUCACCAUCUUCUUCAAUCAUCGUCUCAUACAGAACAAGAAGAAGAAUGGCUAAUGUUUCUUCAAGCUAAGGUGACUCGGAUCAAACACUGACAAUGUCUACUGAAGCCCGCGAUUUUGGCACCCUUGUGGAUCAACAGAAUGGGAAAUACCAAUGCAACUAUUGCAGAAAAGUUGUAAGUAACCUCACUCGUCUUAAAUGCCAUUUGGGUGGUAUUCGUGGAGAUGUUAUUCCUUGUCCAGAAGUCCCCGUAGGAGUGAGGGAAAUGCUAAGAGUAAGUUACUAGAAAAGAGAUUCGUGAACGUAAUAAAGGAUUUCGAGGAGCUCAACCUUCCAAACCUUCCUUUGAAGAGGAGCCGUCAUGACAGUCCCUCCAAGAUUGAUAAAGAAGAAAGCAUCCAAACACCCUGCAGUGGAACUUCCAUCAACCUGUUUCCAGAAAUGCACUUCACAUUUGAAAAUAGUGAUAAAGGUUCAGCCUUUCCAAUCGGACAAGUGAACCCAGCACUAAACGAAGCCCAAAAAUGCAUCGGCAGGUUCUUUUAUGAGACAGGAGUUGACUUUGAGGUUUUAAAGUUGCCUAGCUUCCGGAAGAUGAUAAAAUCCAUCAAUGGGUCUGUGGAGAUUCCCACUUGUCAUGAACUGAAGGGACGGGUCCUACUGGAAGCAUUGAAAGAGAUGCAAAUUUACACUUCGAACAUCAGGAAUGUAUGGGCAACCACAGGGUGCAGCAUAUUGCUAGACGGAUGGGUGAACUCGGAGGGCAGGAAACUUCUUAUUAUCUUAGUGGAUUGUCCAAAUGGCACAAUUUUUCAUCAAUGCGCUGAUAUUUCAUCAAUAGUUAAUGACGUGGUUAAAAUGGAAGCUUUUCUGAGAAAGGUCAUUGAGGAGGUCGGGGUUGAUAAUCUUGUUCAAAUAGUUAUAUACUCAACAUCUUCUUUCAUGGAGGAUGUGGUCAAAAGGGUAAAUCAGAAAUGUAAGAAGGUUUUUUGGACAGUGAGUGCUUCGCAUUGCAUAGAGCUCAUGUUGAGGAAACUCGAGAUGAUGAAAGAUGUAAAGGAGAUAUUGGUUAAAGCAAAAAGUAUAACCCAAUUUGUUUACAGCCAAGACAGUGUCCUAAGACUAGUGAGAGAUUUUUGUCCAAAUGUUGAUGAGCUAAUGAAGCCUUCCAAGAUAAGUUCGAUUGUGCCUUUCCUCACACUAGAGAACAUGGUCAUGGAGAAGGGAAACUUGCAAAGGAUGUUUCUCUCAUCGAUUUGGAAAACCUUAGAGUGUGCUAAAACCAGUGAAGGCCAAAGGGUUGUUGACCUGGUGGGAGAUAAGAAUUUUUGGGAAGGGGCGUUAAUGGUCUUGAAGGCCACUAUCCCACUUGUGAACGUUUUGAAGCUGAUAAACAGUAGUAAUAAGCCACAAGUUGGAUCAAUAUAUGACACUAUAGACCAGGCUAAAGAGACGAUAAGGUCAGAAUUCAAGAACAAGAAAUCCCAAUAUGCGAGAUUCUGGGAAGCAAUAGAUGAGAUAUGGAAUAAGCACCUUCAUAGCCCUCUCCAUGCUGCGGGGUACUACUUGAACCCUAGUAUUUUCUAUUCGAGCGAUUUCUAUGCUGAUGCAGAAGUUUCUUGUGGACUCUGUUGCUGCAUUGUCUAUAUGACAGCAGAUUCAGGCGUUCAGGAUUUGAUCAUGAUGCAGAUCGAGCAGUACAGGAUGGGCAAAGGCCUGUUUGGUGUAGGCAGUAAGGAUGCUCAGCAGGAAAACACAGAUCCAGCACUUUGGUGGUCAAAGUAUGGAAGGCAAUGCCCGGAAUUACAAAGGCUUGCUAUCCGGAUCCUGAGUCAGACAUGUAAUGGUGCCUCAAAGUAUAACCUAAAGAGGACAUUGGCAGAAGCCUUACUCACACAAGGAAGAAAAAAGACAGAACAAGUGAGGCUGAGGGAUCUGGUUUUUGUCCAUUAUAAUAUGCACUUGCAAAAUUUCAGAGCAGAUGAGAGCAAUGACUUGUCAGAUGAGGAGGUGGACCCCAUGGAUGACUGGGUUGUGGAAAGACAACCUAGUACAGUGAUCAAGAAUGGGGAUCCACCAGUGAUAGACUUGGAUUCUGUAGGUUCUACAACUAGCAAGAUGUGACAUGAAUGUUCCGAUGGUGUAAUAGAGCUGUAGAUUAUGUAACUGAAAGCCUGCAACUGAGUGUCUUGUGUGUUUAGUCUAAACAAGUAAGUGGGGUAGUCUGAUCUUCCAUAUGUUUAAGGGGUGUUUGGCAGUAAUUGUUAUUUAAACUGCUUGUUCUCAAGAAGUUUUCUUUGCAGAUUAGAUGAUGGGUUAAUGUUUUUGGAAAA